AUGAGGUGGAGAUGGUGGAAGAAAUGCAGUUUCAGGAGGAGGAUGAUGAUGAUGAUCAAGAACAAACUGGAAGACAUCACCUUGAGGAAAAACUCAGAGUCGAGAACAUCUGGCAAAACCAAGAAAGUAGAAGACAAGAAGAGGGGGAUUAUUUUUCAGUUUCACAGGGAUCUGCUAGCAGUGAAGAUUCUCAGACAGGUUCCAUGCACAAAGUUGAAAACCAAUAUACUGAGAAACAGGAUGAAGGUUCAGCUGAACAAGAAGAUCCAGAUGAAAAGUCGUGGAAAAAUAAAGAUGGCGUCUUUGAAUUAUGGACUAUGGGCAGGACUGAAAAAGACAGAAGUGAGAAGUCAACAGAUGAUGAAGAGACAGCCACAGAAUCUUGGGAAUCUCAAAAAGACUUUCAAGAGGAAGACAAAGAUGUUCAACAUGAGUCUGUAGAUGAGGAGGAAGCAGAAUGCUCAGCUGAUGAGGAUGAAGAUUAUGAUGAUGAAGAUGAGGUGAUAUACUGCACAGACAAUUACCCAGUAAAGAUUUUCCUCACUCUGAGUGACUUCAGGGAUUCCUCCCUUCUCACUGACCUCACUUUGCAAACAGAGGAUGGGCAGAGUUUCUGUGUGCAUUCUCCAGUCUUGGCUGCUGUCAGCUCCUUCAUCUGGAAAAACCUAAGUGGAAGCAAAGUAAAAAAUAGUAGAAUUAAUGAAAGAAUACACAUUGACAUAAGUGCUGGCGUUCGUGUCUGGUCAGUGUCUCUUGGCCCAGAGGUGGAUCAUGUCGGGUUGGAGGCAAUUGUGGAGUUUGCUUACAGUGGACUCAUAUCAUGUCUGAACAAGCAUAACUUGGAGCAGAUAAAAGCUGCAGCUCAAACACUCGGCGUGCCCCGGGUGUUGGAUCUUUGUGCCAAGGAAGAAGAAUGGCUUGCAAAAAGUGCUGGAAACAAGAAAAAAGAAAAGAUCUCUGCUGCACAACAGUUGACGAUCAGCCUUCAGUCAAUCAAAGAGCUGUGGAUGGACAGAGUGGGCUGUGAUGUCGUUCUGGAAACCCUUAGUGGAUCGCUUCGUGUCCACAGAGUUAUCCUGGCUGCCAGUAGCGACUACUUCCGGGGUAUGUUCACCUUGGGCAUGAAGGAGUCUAACCAGCCUUGUGUGAGCCUUCCCUUCCUGGUGGUUCGGGAGCUGGAAGCUAUAGUUGACAGCUCUUACAAUGGGGCUCUCUCCAUCAGCUGGACUUGUGUCUUUGAGAUGACCAGCACUGCUCUCCAGCUCCAGUACCAGCCUGCUCUCUCAUUAUGCCUCAACUUCCUCCAACAAGAGCUAAAUCCUCACAACUGCCUGGAUGUGGUGUCUUUCGCUGAAGCCUACGAAAUAACAUAUCUUCUUGAAGUUGCCGAUGAUUUUGUCUUGCGGCAAUUCCAAAAGGUGGCAGGCACCUCCAAGUUCAAGGACCUUCCGGCUAAACAGCUCUUCAAAUACCUGAACAGUCACUCACUCUGUGUUCCAUCUGAGCUUGUUGUAUUCAAGGCAGUUGUAGCAUGGAUUCAAGCAAACCCCAACAAGCGGCUCAGACUUGCAAAAGAACUGAUGAAAACAGUCCAUUUUCCACUGAUGACUUUUAUGGAAUUCAAAGAAGUCCAGUCUCAGAACAUGUGGGCUGAUCCUAGCUUGACAGAGCUUUAUGAAGCAAUCUUUGAAGACUUCUGCUCCAAUGAGACUGCACCGCAGAGUCAGUGUCGCAUCUAUCUGCCAAAAGAGAGUCUGGUCUUAACUGGAGGUGACCAGAUCUCUGAAGACCUGGGUAGCCGCAGCAUCAGCAGGGAUAUCUGGUUUGGGAAUUCUUUGAGAAACCAUACAGGGAUAAAAAAAGCCAUGGAGUGGAGAAGAUUGGGAGAGAUGCCAGAACCAGCAAGGUUUAGUCAUGAAGUAGCUGUGCUUAAUGGACAACUGUAUGUUUUUGGAGGCAAGAAAUAUUAUGGCAUUGGUGACACCUUGAACUCUGUUUAUAGGUAUGAUCCUCUUCAAAACACCUGGGAGUACCUGUGUGAAAUGCAGGAGAAGAGAUGCGCUUUCUCUGUGGUUGUAUUGGAUGGAAAAAUAUAUGCCAUUGGAGGACACUGUGAUCCUGACCAUAUAGAUACAGUUGAAUGCUAUUGUCCCACUACAAACUCUUGGAGUUUCACCUGGCCCUUGGAUCUACCUUUGAGUGGCCAUGUUGCAAAGGUCUUACAAGGGCGGAUCUUCAUCUCAGGAGGGCUAAAUAAUGACUACCUAUGUCUUGCAUCCAUGAUCCUGUACCACCCAGACACAGGAAGCACCUAUCUGGCAAACAUGACCAGACCUCGAGCUAAUCACUGCAUGGAGACCCUGGCUGAAUAUCUUUAUGUAGCAGGCGGAAUCACCACACAUGAUAACAUGGCUGUCACCGACCAGCUAGCUUGUGAAGUGUACAAUCCAGCUGUUGACUCUUGGACUGCCUUUGCACCUCUGCCGGUGCCUCAUGUAGGAGCAGGAAGUGCCGUUUUGGAGGGAAAGUUUUAUGUGCUGGGUGGAUACAGCCAGGAGGACUACAGUGACACUAAGAUGGUACAUCGUUAUGAUGCCGCCUUACAGAAAUGGGAGAACAUGGGAAAGAUGCCAGGGCCAAAUAAUGAGCUGCAAGUUUCUGUGCUGCGUUUACCACAACAUUUCCGUUUGUAGGACUUCAUGACAAGGAUCAUCACUCCUGACGUUAUUUAUUGCAUGACAUGGCCUGUUCCCACUGCUUGUGUCACUGAGAUAUAGCAGAGAUAGCUCUCUGUCUCGUCACACUUUUCAGGUUUUAAGAGCUACUCACUACUCAAGUUUUUGCCACAAAAGCACACUGAUGUUGAUGAUCUCGAUAACCAUCUAUCCAUUUUCUUCCACUUACCUGAGUGUGGGUUGUAGGGGCAGCAGCCUAAGCAGGAAAGUCUAGACUUCCCUUUUCUCAGCCACUUCUUCCAGUCCAUGUGGAGGGAUCUUGAGGUGUUCCCAGGUCAGCAAAGAGACGUAGUCUUGUCAGCAUGUCCUGGGUCUUCCCUGGGCCCUCCUCCCAGUGGGAUGUGCCUAAAACACUUCACCAGGGAGGUGUCAAUUGUCACCUUAUCAAGAUGGAGAGGAUUGAGUACCCCCAUGGGGUUGAGGGCUGUGACAUUAACCCCUAGUAGGUUCUCCGAGGGCAAAGUGGCCUCAGAGGAUUCAAAGACCUCAUAGACGGACACCAUAAUGCAGUGACCUCACCUAGGGAAACGGUGCCACCCUCCUGGAGCCAGGCCACAUGGGCUUACCCCAUCUGGGUCAUGGCCAGAAGCGGGGAGCUUGGCGGUUUGAUCCUCAGAUCCUGAUGUUACACUCUCAAAUACAUAAUUACAGAAUGCACAUUCAGUGUUUGUAGUCUGCAAGAACUUAAAUAAAAAAUGGAGUUCAACUCAGUUUGUUCAUACACUGCAGAAAACAUUGUGGACCUGCCUGGACAUGUGUAGGUGAGUUUUUUUGUGCACUUCAGUUCAACACAAAGUAACUGAUGUCAAAACAUUUGACACAAGUUAAUGAUUUUUAUUUCCUAUGAACAGUUUUUUUUACUUUAAGAGCUACAAAGAGGUUAAACCAUGGUUGCUGUAAUUUUGUAAGCUGCCUACAUCUUUAAAUGAUAAUAGACAUGAGCUGUUUAAAAAAAAAAUGUGCUUUUGUAUUUUACAUAUUUGGCUGCCGUCUGUUUUUUAGCUUGAUGUUGGUACAUUUGGUAAAAAGUUUGUAUUUAAAUAGCACUCUACUGUACCAAAGCACUUCACAUUAUACAUCACAUACACACACACACACACACACACACACACACACACACACUGAUGGUGGACCCUGCCAUGCAAGGCGCUAACCAAAACCCAUCAGAAACAAUUUGGGGUUUGGUGUCUUGCUCAGGGACAUGAGCUUGAUGUGGAUCAAACCGGCAACCCUCAGGCUACAAGACGAUCACUCUACCCAGUGAGCCAUGCCACCCAAUUUAUCUUGUCUAUUUAUAGUAUUUAUGUCAGUUUAUUUUUCUGCUAUAAAUGAAAAUCAUUAUAGUUAUUAUCUAUUUUACAGAUAAUUAUUCUGUAUGCAGAAGGUGCUAGAGUGAAAUAGUUCAUGUUAUAGAAAUAGCUGAAAUGUGUAAAUCCCCCAUAAAACAAUAUCUGAUUCCCUUAUUGUAAUUGUAACGAAUGGCCACAAGAGGGAGCUAUCCUCCCUUUACUUACUGGCAUGGUUGCCACAAACCUCUUGCAGGAAGGUUUUGGGCAUGAUAGGUUUAGCAAGGAAGAAGAAGCCUGAAGAUCUUUUUUUCUUCUUCUUCUUCUUCUUCUUCUUCUUCUUCUUCUUCUUCUUCUUCUUCUUCUUCUUCUUCUUCUUCUUAUUAUUAUUAUUAUUAUUUUUGGUAUUAUUAUUAUUAUUAUCAUCAUUAUGCAGAAGAUUGAUAUACUUGUCCAGAUUUUAUUGAAAUACUUGAAAAAAUAAAACUCAAACCAAAAACUAUGACUCUUUAUCUGCUCCUUAUGAUUGUUGGUCUCUUUGGUUUUGCAGCAAAAAAAAAAAACAUGCUACAAACUUUUAGUGGAGGUGGCUUUCUCUUUUCACCAGCAGCCAGUUGCAGAAUUCAUGUCAGAACCUUCUACAGUAGGGCUUUCAUUAGGUAUAAGUUUGAAGGACAUUGUUUUUCACUAUAUGGCUACUGUAGCAUGAGUGUUGCAUAAGUGCUGAAGGUAAAGUGUUUUUUUCAAAAGCCUUUUUGAACUUGGUAGCUAUUAAAAAAAUCACAAC